AUGGAUCGUCCGCUCAACGUGUUUGGUCGUCCACUGGGACAGUGUGGCACCGACCCUGUGACAGGAUUUUACAGAGACGGCUACUGCAACACAGGACCAGCCGACGGCGGUUCGCACACAGUAGCAGCAGUGGUCUCACGAAAAUGGCUCGAAUUCUCCGCGUCCAAGGGUAACGAUCUUCGCCCUAUUCUGUCCGAGGGCUGUUCGUGGUGUCUGUGCGUUUCGAGAUGGAAACAGAGCUUGGACGCCUACAGACGGGGUGAGUUGCCCAAGGAAGGCGUGCCCAAGGUCAAACUCGAGGCAACGCACCAGCGUGCGCUUGACGUGGUGUCGCUGGAAGACCUUAAAGGCUUCGCCCUAGAUGACGCAGGUGGAAGGUCGGCCGCCCAGGAUCCCGCUUUGGGCGGUCCAAUCCGUUAG